AUGGUACCCAAUACUUCCAUUCUCCGAUUGUUCUCUCCUCACGUCGCAAUCCGCCGCUGGACCUCGACAUCGGCCUACAGAGUGGCUCAUACUUCUUCCGCAUCCCAGAUCGGCAGCUUCCUUUCUAAGAAGGUCUAUACGCCGCCGCCUUGGGCUUCAGAACUCUCCGUCAUCCCAUCCCACAACUACACCCUCGGCCAAUUUCCAACUCCAAUUCACAAAUGGAACCUCCCCAAUUUGCCAGAAGGCACAGAAGUAUGGAUCAAGCGGGAUGAUCUCACUGGCAUGGAACUGAGCGGGAAUAAAGUUCGGAAGCUCGAAUUUAUGAUGGCAGAUGCCGUCGCACAAGGUGCCGAUUGUGUUAUCACUAUCGGUGGUAUCCAGAGCAACCAUUGCCGAGCGACUGCCGUCGCUGCCAAGUACGUUAAUCUUGAUUGCUAUCUGGUACUUGUUUCCUCCAAGGCUUUAACUGACUUGCUAAAAAAGAGGCUUUUGGAAAAAGGAUGGAAGCCAUAUGUGAUUUCUGGUGGUGGAUCCAACUCAUUGGGAGAUUGGGGAUAUAUUGAAGCAGUAAGGGAGAUUGAGCAGCAAAUUCAGUUAUCUAGUGAUGUUCAGUUUGAUGACAUUGUUGUUGCAUGCGGCAGUGGUGGAACCGUUGCUGGUCUUGCUUUAGGAUCACAAUUGAGUAGCAUAAAGGCAAAAGUCCAUGGAUUCUCUGUUUGUUAUAACCUUGGAUACUUCUAUGACAACGUUCAAGGUCUGAUUGAUGGACUUCAACCUGGUUUGAAUUCCCAUGAUAUAGUCAGGAUUGAAGAUGCCAAGGGCUUAGGCUAUGCCAUGAGCACACCUGAAGAGCUUAAAUUUGUGAAGGAUAUAGCUGCAGCAACAGGCAUUGUGCUUGAUCCAGUCUACAGCGGCAAGGCAGCGUAUGGUAUGCUGAAAGACAUGUCCAACAAUCCAACCAAGUGGGAAGGGCGGAAGGUCCUCUUUGUCCAUACUGGUGGUCUCCUUGGGUUGUAUGAUAAGGUGGAUCAGUUGUCAUGUUUGGCUGGGAGAUGGCGCAAAAUGGACCUUGAAGAAUUGGUCCAUGCAAAGGGACAAGGCGGACCCAGAAACUUGUCCAAGCCUAGGCGGCGGACUACAAAUCUAAAUGUUGAGGAUGCUAUUUUUAUGUCAAAUCCGCCCCAAAAUUCACGCGAGUUAUGGUGUUUGGCUGUCGUCACCAUGCACUUUCAUCAUAGGGGGUUAUCAUUUUUUUUGAACCGGGAUAACCCCCUUUCCAUUACUUAG